GUCAGUCGCCCCCCCCCCCCUUAGUCUCCUGAGAGCUUCUUGCAAUGGCCCCUAAGAAGAAGGAAGAGCCCCCACCUCCUCCACCCAAAGCUCCAGAGCCUGAGCGCCCCAAGACCCCGCAGUUUGACCCUGCAACAAUCACGCUGGAAUUCACACCCGAGCAACUUGAGGACUUCAAAGACGCUUUUCAGUUGUUCGAUAGGACACCAACCAAUGAAAUGAAAAUCACUUAUGGCCAAUGUGGUGACCUGAUUAGGGCUUUGGGACAGAAUCCUACCAACGCAGAGAUCAUGUACGUGCUUGGAAAGCCCAAAGCUGAAGACAUGCAGGUAAAGAUGCUUGACUUUGAUCAGUUUCUGCCCAUACACCAACACAUCUGCAAGGCCAAGGAUCGUGGAACAUUUGAGGACUUUGUUGAAGGUCUGAGGGUGUUUGACAAAGAGGGAAACGGCACAGUUAUGGGUGCUGAGCUCAGACACGUCCUGCAAACACUGGGCGAGAAGAUGAAGGAGAAUGAGGUGGAGCAGCUGAUGCAAAACCAAGAGGACGCUAAUGGAUGCAUAAAUUAUGAAGCUUUUGUAAAACACAUUAUGGCAUCUUAAAAAGGGUACAUGUCUAUGUCAACCUCAUUGUCAUUCUGGUGCUAUGUCUGCAUUAUGAGAUCAAUAUGAGUCAGUAAUGAGAUUUUUUUUCUCCAUCACUAGAAAACAAACACCCUGAAUUUUUGAGCGCAGAGGAUCUUUACAUUUCUGUAAAUCCCAUCUUGUAUAUUUAUCAUUUCUAUGUGUC